AUGUCAGUUGUCUGCAGUGAUGUGCAGAGGCGGAGCUUUCACCACGACCCGUAUGCCACACGGCUCCUCGCUGGUCGCAGUGAGCGAAGCAACAGGAACAGCACCAGCCUCAGCAGCACCAACAGCGGUAGCGGUAGCGGCAGCUGCAGCAGGGCUGCCCUUGAUUUCUUCAACGCCGUCUCGUACAUGGAUGACAGCCAGUCGACGCCGCCCCCGAAGAUCUUCGAGCGGGCGGACUCGCACGACCACAUGACUGCCACCGAGGGCGAGGGUGGCAUGAGCGACAACGGCACUGAUGAUGCGAGCCGCACGCUCUCCGCAUAUCCACAGGCCGCAGCAGUAGCCGCAGUGGUGCCGCCAUCGGCGCCCCCCGCUGUGCGCUACGCCUCCGUUGACUUCCGCUUCGGCAGCGCAUGGUUUGUGGCGCCGUUUCGCACCGCCGUUGGUGAGAUGGUGGUGGUGGAGUACCCGCACAACGGCAGCCUCCACGUAGGGCUUGUCAGCUGCAUCUCCACGCGCGUGCCACCUACCUUCGCCGCGCUGCUCGCGAGCGACGGUGGCGCGAGAGCAGGGGAGCUGGAGCAGUGCCCGCGGCUGCUGCGUCACGCGCGCGACUUCGACAAGGCGACAAAGUUGGAGCUGCGCACGCACGACCUCGCGUCGCUGAAGGCCGCGUCUGAGCUCGCGGCGGAGAUGCAGGCGCCGGUGACAUUCCUCGAUGCGGAGUGGCUACUCGACCUCACGGCGGUGACCUUCCUCGUGAAUGUGUGGGGUGAUAUGACGCUCGUGGACCGCCUCGCCGAUGAGCUGGCGACACGCGAGGGUGCCGAAGUUGUCUUUACGUACCCCGCGCUGAACUGA